AUGCGAUUGGGGUUGUACGGUACAACUCUGGCUGCACCUCGCUUUUUGUCGGCGUUAAUCAACUCCCCUCGUUUUCGAAGAAUUGCGAGCAGAAGUAUGGGAUCGAGAGCUGGUGAUGGAAAUCGCGCGAAUUCAAGAAAUGGCGUGAGCAUAAUCAAAAGAUGCCGAGAACUAGGUUGUGGUCCUGGUGGUUUCUACAGACCCGGCUAUGAAGAUGGUGCUAAACUCCGCCUAUACAUGAUGUGCUUGGGUCAAGAUUGGAAUCCUCAAACGAGAAAGUACGAAAAGAUACGCCAGCAUGAUAAUGUUGUGCCCCCUGAUAUUCCUCAUGAAUUCUCUUCUUUGAUCGGCAGAGCACUCAGCGACUCUCAUGCUGUGUUCAGAAGAGACAUGAAUAGUCGAGCAAAUGUCGAGGACAUACUUCCUGCAAUGUCCCCAGAUGUGUGUAUAGUCAACUUUUAUACUACUAAUGGGCGACUCGGUCUUCACCAGGAUCGUGAUGAAAGCAAGGAGAGUCUUGCAAAAGGUCUUCCUGUUGUCUCUGUAUCUAUUGGCGAUUCGGCCGAUUUUCUGUAUGGCGAUCAUAGGAGCGUGGACAAGGCUGAGAGCGUCUUGUUAGAAUCAGGUGACGUGCUUAUAUUUGGCGGAAAAUCUAGGCAUAUUUUCCAUGGUGUGACAGCUGUUAUUCCGCACACAGCUCCUCGUGCCCUGCUGAACGAGACGAGACUUAAACCCGGUCGUCUCAAUUUAACUUUCAGAAAAUAUUGA